ACAGCCGCCAGAACCAUCUCCGCCUCUCUCUUUAAAAACCCCCCAUCCUCCUGUCUCUCUGUGCUUGCUCGAAAUGGCCUCCCUCCUCUCUAUGAACUUGCUCAAAGCGAAUGCCUCACCCAUGUCCCACCACCACAACCAAUUCCUCCACGGCGGAGCAACCACCUCCAGCCGCUUCUCCAAAUCCAAUCUCCUUCCACCCGCCACCUUCACCUUCGGCAUCCGUAUGUCCCUCCGUGAAGACGGCCCCUCAAUUGCCAUCGUCGGCGCAAGCGGCGCCGUCGGCCAAGAAUUUCUCUCCGUCCUUUCUGAUCGUUCCUUCCCGUAUCGUUCGAUCCGCAUGCUCGCCAGUGAACGCUCCGCCGGAAAACACAUUACCUUCGAAGACAAAGAUUAUGUGAUCGAAAAACUCUCCGAAGACAGCUUAAAGGACAUUGACAUUGCUUUAUUCAGUGCCGGAGGUUCGAUAAGCAAGAAAUUCGGGCCGAUUGCGGUAGAAAAUGGGGCCAUUGUGGUGGAUAAUAGCUCCGCGUUUCGUAUGGAUGAUGAAAUUCCACUUGUGAUUCCAGAGGUUAAUCCAGAAGCCAUGAAACAUAUUAAGUUGAAAUUUGGGAAAGGGGCUUUGAUUGCGAAUCCGAAUUGCUCCACUAUUAUAUGUUUGAUGGCUGCCACGCCGCUUCAUCGACUAGCUAAGGUUCUACGCAUGGUUGUUAGUACAUAUCAAGCAGCUAGUGGUGCUGGAGCCGCUGCUAUGGAAGAGCUUGAACAGCAGACGCGUGAGGUCCUAGAAGGAAAACAGCCAACUUGUAAAAUCUUUAAGCAGCAGUAUGCUUUUAAUCUGUUCUCUCACAAUGCACCAGUUCUUUCAAACGGAUACAAUGAAGAGGAAAUGAAAUUAGUCAAAGAGACAAGGAAGAUCUGGAAUGACAUGAAUGUCAAAGUGACUGCAACAUGUAUACGAGUUCCUGUUAUGCGAGCACAUGCUGAGAGUGUGAAUCUUCAAUUUGAGAAGCCCCUUGAUGAGGACACAGCAAGGGAUAUUCUGAAGAAUGCUCCUGGUGUAGUGGUUGUUGAUGACCGGACAUCCAAUCACUUUCCUACACCAUUGGAUGUUUCAAACAAAGAUGAUGUUGCAGUAGGUAGAAUACGGCGUGAUGCGUCCCAAGAUGGAAACUACGGGCUGGACAUCUUUGUUUGUGGUGAUCAAAUACGCAAAGGAGCUGCGCUUAAUGCUAUCCAGAUUGCAGAGAUGUUGCUAUAGUUUGAAGAUGCUUCUGUUAGUGAGGUUUUGUGUCAUCUAAUAUUUAUAUUUUGGGAUGAAGGCUUCCGGUCAAGAAAUCACACCAUUCCCCCAAGAGAAAUGACCAGUAACUUUGCAAGAAAAAGCAAUCAUCGUCAUUGCCAAGCACACUUAGAAGUCUUGAAUUUUGUUUGCAUUUUCAUUUGAAAAUCUUAAUUCUUGUAGAAAAAUUUUAUUCAAUUGACCCAUUUUGAUUGGAGAGAGCUUGUCAUCGACUGGUGGUGUGUUAUAACUUUUUGAAAACAUUUAUAAAGCAAUUGCACGACAAUGACCCAUGUGGACUCUUUGUUAGGCUCUUGUGUUCUUUGUUCUAGCAACUGUUAGUUAUUAUUGUGAACGUUUAAAGUAAUUCAUU